GCUUUGUGCUUUAGCCACAAUGAGACGAAGCUCGAGUACUAGCGGGAGUAGCAGUCGGCUCUCUGUGAUGGCACUGAGAGUACAAGACACCAACAAGAUGGGUCUCCAAACACCUCAGAUGAAGGACAGAGGAACAUUUGGGAAGCUGAGCAUGAGCAAACCUACAUCCGGAACUUCUGAAAGAAAAGUCAGCUUUUUUGGCAAAAGAACAAGCAGCGUUGGAGGUUCACGCAACAGUCAGUAUGGUGUGUUUGGUACAGAGAAGAUCAAGGAUCCCAGGCCACUUCAUGACAAGACAUACAUUCAACAAUGCAUCAAACAGCUUUGUGAGUUUCUUGUUGAGAAUGGUUAUGCCCAUAAUGUCUCCAUGAAGUCGCUACAGUCUCCAUCUGUUAAGGAUUUCUUAAAAAUCUUCACUUUUAUCUAUGGAUUUCUUUGCCCUUCUUAUGAACUGCCUGAUUCAAAAUUUGAAGAGGAAAUUCCCAGAGUUUUUAAAGAGCUUGGAUACACUUUUCCUUUGUCAAAAAGCUCCAUGUAUACAGUGGGAGCACCACACACAUGGCCUCAGAUUGUCGCAGCUUUGGUUUGGUUAACUGAUUGUGUCAAGCUGUAUUCUGCCAUAAAAGAGAAUGCACCAUCGUUUGAUGAUGGACAGAACUGGGGAGGAGAGACAGAAGAUGGAAUCGUACAUAAUAAGCUUUUCAUGGACUACAUUGUGAAGUGCUAUGAGCACUUCAUGAAAGGGAACGAUAUUUUUGAAGAAUUUGAUGCAGAAGUGCAGUCAAAAUUAAAGGAUGUAUUCAACAUAGAUGAAUUUCAGCUAGAAGGUUUACCUGCAGAAAACAAAAGGCUUCAUGAAGAGAUUGCAAGACUAGAGAAAGAAAGGGAGAGUGAGCCGGAUCGUUUAGUAUCACUGCGAAAGCUGAAAUCUUCCCUUCAAGCAGAUGUCCAGAAAUACCAGGCUUAUAUGGAAAAUCUAGAGUCUCAUACAGCGAUCCUUGAUCAGAAAAUUAAAAGCGUUAAUGAAGAAGUUGAGACAGCAGAAAUGGAGGUAGAAGCAAUGAAGCAGGAAAACGCUCGGCUCCAGUACAUCUUUGAUAACCAGAAGUACUCAGUUGCGGACAUAGAGAGAAUAAAUCAUGAGAAAAAUGAGCUUCAGCAAACCAUGAAGAAACUGGCUAAGGAAGUGGAAACGGAACAGCAUCAACUGUGGAAUGAGGAGAUAAAAUAUGCUAGGCAUAAAGAGGCGAUCGAAAUACAACUGGCAGAGUAUCAUAAACUGGCUAGAAAGCUGAAGUUAAUUCCAAUAAGUGCUGAGAAUUCCAAAGGCCAUGACUUUGAGAUUCAGUUUAAUCCUGAGGCAGGACCAAGUUCCCUAGUCAAAUACAGAACUCAGAUUAAGGCUCCCCUUAUGGAGAUCAUAAACCAGACUGAGGAAGAAAUUAGAAAAGCAACUCACCAGAAAAUGAGUUUGGAAGAUACGUUAGAACAGGUGAACACAAUGGUAGAGGAAAGGAAAAACACUGUGAAAAAGCUGAAAGAAGAAGCUGAAAAGUUGGAUGAUCUUUACCAACAGAAGCUUAAGGAGGCAGAAGAGCAGGAGCAAAAAUGUGCAAGUGAGCUGGAAUUGUUAGAGAAUCACAAACACUUUCUUCAGAGCGGCAUCAAUGAAGGUCUCAGUGAAGCCACAAGUGAAUUGCACGAUAUUCAGCGACAAUACCAAGUUGUUAUGCAAACAAAAACAGAGGAGAGCAGGAAGGCAUGUGAUAACUUGAGUCAUCUUUUGGACGUGAUCACUACUCAUGUAGCAUCUGUAGAGAAAUAUAUUGAUGAACAGAAUAAGAAAAUUGACAAAGAUUAUGAAGAAUUCAUGUCUGAAGAUCUAUUGUCAUCCUUGACCAGUAUUCUAGACAGCUACAAAAAGAAGGCUGAAAAUAUAUAG